AUGGCUGAUGGCGAGGAGCCAAUUACUAUCAGUGAUGAUGAGGAAUGGAUCAAAUGCAUUAUAAAUGCUGGUGCUACCAAAGCAAAUCGAUCUCAAACUCGAAAGUUACGUAUGCAAAAGGUGCCUCAGAUGCUGCGAGCUAACAAAGAUUUCCAGAAGUACUUCGCACCACGGGUUGUUUCUAUUGGUCCUUAUCACCAUGGCAACCCCGUGCUCCAACAUGUGCAGAACUUGAAGCCAGUUAUUGCAAGCAAGUUUGUUUUAAACGAGCCAAAGCGGUUCCAAGAAUUUUAUGAAAAAAUUCUCAGGAGGAUUAGAGAGGUGAGAGGGUGUUAUGAUGAGGAAUCAACACAAGGCUACACUGAUAAGGCAUUUGCACGAAUGAUGCUACUUGACGGGUGUUUUGUUUUGUAUUUCAUUCGUUGUGUUACACGCAAUCUCGAACAUGAUUUGGGAAUGACAAGUCUCCAUAUAACCUUCGCACAACAGGACUUACUCUUGCUGGAGAACCAACUUCCCUUCCUGGUCAUCCAGGAUCUGAUGGACCCGUUCGAAAUGACCAUGUGGAAACUAUGGAUCCAUUUGUACCUCAAAGUUAAUUUUAAGACGGGAACAGCUGCACAUCUUCUGGAGCUUUUACGAAACAGAAUGGUCGAUUAUGUAGACAUCAAUAAGUUAACCCAUUUCACUGGCUACACAUCCCGUAAUAUCAAAGAGCUUAUGGCAGUGGGGAUUGAGUUUAAGCCUAGCGAAUCGAAUAGCUUGACAGACAUAAGCUUUACCUCUCACCAAUCCUAUGCAGAUCUAAGACUUCCGAAAAUAACUGUUGACAGCUCAACAAAGUCAAAUUUUUUCAACUUGAUAGCCGAUGAAGUGAGUUCAGAUGAGCCAAAUGAGUUAUGGGUAACUUCUUACAUAUGCUUCCUCAGUACCCUCGUCGCGAACCCUGAUGAUGUUAAGAUUCUACAGUCUGCGAAAGUACUCGACAACCGCCUAGGUAGUGAUGGUGAAGUGGCCAGCCUCUUCCACGAGCUCGCCAUUGAUUUGGUCCCAAAUCCUUAUGCUUAUGCAAAUGUCAAGAAAGAAAUACAGAAUUAUUACGAGGAGACGAUAAGUUCGAGUUGGUUUAAUAAAUUUUGCCGAUACAAAAAGAAAACAUACUUGUCUCAACUGAAGGAAGAUCAUUUGAAGAACCCAUGGAGAAUUUUAGCUUUGGUAGGCGCAAUCCUAGCUCUCAUCUUCACCGGCGCCCAAGCCUACUUCCAAAUCUGGUCUCCUCCCAGUUAG